AUGGGCAUAUACCAAGAGCUAUCUCGGCUGGAAGCCAAGAUAUCAGAUGUCGCAGCAGGCAAAAUCAAGCCCGUCUCAACGAUCGAAGAAAGCCUCUUGAUCCAUUCCUCAAGUUCACACAACAACAAUCGAACAAUCCUUCAAUAUGCCAUCGACAUAGUAUCCCUCGGUCUAGUCCCAACCAAUGUUAUUGAUAUCCUCAACGGCAUAACAAACCACGAAAUAAACUCUAUAGCCAACAACAACAGAAAAGACCCAAGUCCACGAAUCCACCCAACAAGAUCUUUCUGGGACGCACCCUACGACAUCCCCGAAAAAGUCCUCCGCGGCGCAAUCCACAUUCCCUCAACAUUCUCCUAUGGGAAAAAACAACAAAAUCCCCGUCCUCCUAGUCCCAGGAACCGCAGAUCCAGCCGGCAGCACCUACUACUUCAACUGCUAAGCUGGUCGCAAGGUAGUUUAGACGUGCAAUGGGCGCUGAAAUACUGGCCGUCGACACGAGCAGCGGUAAGCGAUUUCAUGGCUGUAAGUGGUGAUUUCCACGGGACGCGGCUUGCGACGCUGUGUGUACACGUUAAACCGUUUUGUUCGCCGGCUGUGCAACAGCAGGGGUAUGACACGAUGUUUAUUCGGGCUCUGCGUGGUGAGGGUGGGGAUUCGGCGUUCGUGCCAACGACGAGCGUGUACUCUGGGAGUGACUUUAUCAUUCAGCCGCAGAGUGGUGGGGAGGCUUCUGCGGCGCUGGGGGAUAUGCGCGGGGUUGGGGUGUCGAACGUGCAGGUCCAGGUUGCUUGUGCGGGGCGUGCUGCUGGGGGGCCAUAUUCGCAUUCGGCUAUGUUGGUUAAUCCAUUGGCUUAUGCUUUGUUUGUUGAUGCUUUGGUUCAUGAAGGGCCUGGGCGGUUGGAGAGGAUUGAUCUUGAUGCUGUUUGUGGGGAGUCGCUUGCACCUGGCUUGGAUGUGGACGAUGUUUUGGGGAUGGAGGCUGUGUCGAAUGUGGUUGGGGUGCUUGAUGUGUUACUGUAUGGGUACGAUGGGACUCAAGAGCCACCACCACUUCGGGGCUAUGUUCAUCACUAG